AUGUCACCCCAACACCUCAAACCCUCCCUCCCGCCGGGGGGUCAUUCAAGUCGCUGGCAUAGUGGCCGCCAUGGGGGGAGCCUCAAGCACCCGGUGUGGAAGCCUCAGACCCCGAAACAGCCCAAGCAGGAGCAUCAGCAGCAGCAGCAACAACAGCAGCAACAACAGCAGCAGCAGCAGAAACACAUUGAAGAGGGUAAAGAUGCUGCGGCAACACCAACUCACCAACACCCACCUGAGGCUGUAUCCAUAGGCGAACUCGAUUUCAGCCCCCCUGCAGAUCUUUGCCUCAAUGAAGGCUCCUUCCCCCCUCAGUUGCUGCAGCAGACAGCUACCAUGGUUAACACUGUUGCUGCUGCUGCUGCUGCUGCCACAGCAGCGCCGAAGCUUCCGCAGCAUCAGCAGCAGCCCAGCUUCUGCCUGCCACCUCCCGCCGCCGACGAGCGCAACCUCAGCAGCUCUCAAGGCAAACAAAACGAAAAGAGUACAGACACCGUGUGGCCUCCACUGUCCAGGGCAGCUGUUGUAGGCAAGAAACCGAAUGGCCGUGGCUUUCAGCAGCAGCAGCAACGACAGCGGCAGCAGCAGCAGCAGCAGCAGCAGCAGCAGCAGCAACAGCAGCAAGCGGCCAAAGAUGCACAGGACAGCGACGCUUCCUUCGGAUGUGAUGCCUCUCGAUCUGCUAAUAGCCCUCCUCCAUGCAGGGCCCCCCCCUCUUCUCCUGCAUCUGCUGCUCCAGUGGACGUGGAGGCGGGAGCGGGCGGUUCCUCUUCAAGCUCUGCAACAGCAGCAGCAGCAGCAGCAGCAGAAACAGCAGCAGCGGCAGGCGUCCGCGCUCCUCCUGGUCUUAGCGGUCCUGACGUACAGAGUGCUUUGCUGCGUGCUUCUUUCUUAGGCCGCACAGAUAUUGUAAAGUUAUGUUUAGAAAGGGGGGCGUCUCCGGCUGCAGCAGAUGCAAUAGGGAGAACACCACUGCAUUACGCUGCAGCAACGGGUGUGGCUCAGGCGGUGUCGCUGCUGCUGCAGCACGCCGCUAGGGCGGACGGGCAGCAGCAGCAGCAGCAGCAGCAGCGGGGAGGCGGAGGAGGGCUUGCUGCACUUGUUGAUAGGCCAGAUAAGAAGCGGUGGACUCCGCUGCUUAUUGCUGUUACUAAAGAGCACGAGCCCUGCGUUCGGCUUCUUCUUGCUGCUGGUGCAAACCCUCAGCAUUUGCUCUGCCAUCGCUGCGCUCCCUGUAGAGGCUACAGUGCAACUGCAGCAGCAAAAACAUCCUCCGAAGCUGCUGCUCCAGCAGCAGCAGCAGCAGUGGAGGCAACAGCAGCGGCCGACAAUUCAGACGAAAAUACGCAGCUAGGGCGCAAGAAAAAUACCGCUAGUGACAGCUGCGACAGCAGCAGCAGCAGCAACAGCAGCAGCAGCAGCAGCAGCGAAGGGUCCUCUUUACAAACGUGGAGUGCAGCAAUUCAUUUUGCUGCUAUCAAGGGCAAUAUCCCUAUAUCCGAGUUGCUGCUGCAGCACGGCAGCACGGUUAAUGACUUGGACUCAGACGCGAGACCGCCGCUGCAUUAUGCAGCAUGCAGAGAUAAACCGGAGUAUGUGCGGUGGCUUCUUCAACAAGGGGCUCUGCCUGACCUCCUGGAUAUAAAUAAAAGAGGUGCAUUUCACGCUGCAGCAACGCGAGGAAAUCUGCAGGUUGUGCAGCUGCUGCUGGAAGCAACGCCCCCAAAGGCUCUGCUGCGGCUGCUGCUGCAGCAAGAUGUCUGGGGGCUUACAGCUGAAGCCCUUGCAAGGCUGCACGGACAUCGCUCUAUGGAACUAAAGAAAGCAAAACUGCUGCGCGCUGUUCAACGCCUGGGCACACUGCCUUGUCUGAAGGCCUAUCAGCAGACUUUGAUGAUUCAAGCACUCGGGGGUAUGCUGGUGGCUGACGGAAGCCGUCGUAAGACAGCAGGCGGUGUUUUCUUCACUGUCUUGAAUGAAUUUGCAAAGGAGGGGCAAAUUUCUAGGGACGAUUUGGCCUUUGUUAAUGCAGUGAGGCCCCACACCUCUUCCUUGAUUGCUGGUGCUGCUCCCCCGCACCCAGCUGUACCUGCUGCUGCAGCAGCAGCAGCAGCUGCUGCUUCUGCUGCGGUAGAGCUGCAGCAACUGUUGCAGCAGAAGCAGCUGCGGCAGAUGCAACAACUGCAGAAGCAGCAGCUGCUGCGACAGGAGGAUUGCGAGACCCAGAAGGCAAUGAGGCGAAGGGCGAGGCCGACUGUUGAAGUUGUUGCCCGCCCCCCGCUUCCUGCUGCUGCUGCUGUUGCUGCUCCUGCUGCGGCUGCUGCUGCUGCUGCUGCUGCUGCUGUUGGGACUGAUGCAGCGGUGCACAGAGCGCCGGUCCAACCGAAACAGCAGCAGCAACCGUUGCGGCAAAAGCAGCAGCAACAUGGACAGCAGCAGCAGCAGCAGCAGCAACAGCAGCAGCAGCAGCAGCAACAGCAGCGACAGCAGCAGCAACAAC